AGCUGAUUUGCUGAGGCAUUUUUGCGAUGCGGUCGAAAGGCUCUGCACAUCGCACCAUUGAAGUGUGGCGCAGCGAAUUGUUUGCAGCCUGCUCGCGCAGCUACGGGCUUAACUUGAGCGAAUUCUACUGAUAGAUCUUGAAAGAUUCUUUGUACCUUCCACUCCAGAUCUUGUGUCGAUUCUCUUUUGUACCUUUAGCAAUGCCAUGGGAUCCGGAUUUAGUGCCUGAUGGGGUCAAUGUUGGCGGCUGGUUCUGCUUGGAGGACUGGUUCUACUCCCAGUCCAGUGGCAGCAAGGUGGGGCACUUUGUGGCUACACCCAACCCAGACUACAACAAGGAUACCUUUCAGCUGGAUGAGAAGUGCUUUGUGGGCCAUGUACGGACCAUUUUCCCACAGCUCACCCACGAGGAGGAGGCGAGGCUGCUGCGGCCGUACUUUGGUUGUGAGACGGACCUGGUGAACCUGCUGUUGCGGAGUGGUCUCAAGGAGGAGCGCAUCCUUGACCUUUUCUGGAAGCAUCGUCGAUGCUAUGUGACUCCCAUCGACUUGUCCCGGAUCCGCACUUUGGGACUGCGGAAAAUCCGCUUGCCCUUGACUUGGUGCAUCAACUACGAGACGCCCUACGUGCUAAAAGGAAAGGAUUUUGCCGGCCGUGACAAGGAAAUCAUCAUCCACACCAAGCCUUGCAUCGUCGAGGAUCCCUUCGAAAACGAUCCAGCGUUUGAUCCGAAGGGUAUGAAUCUGCCAUGCGACAAGUGGGUGUCCAUUCCGAUCAAGGCAGUGGAGCAGAUCCUGGAGACCGCCGCGGGCUUCGGCCUGCAGGUGCUGCUGGACCUCCACGCCUUCCCGGGCGGCUCCAGCGCCGGGACCUUCAACGGGGUCUGGCCGGUGAAUCCCCGGUUUUGGUCCGCGCACUACAAGGAGAACUUCAGGACGAUCAUGGAGAAGCUGCUGGAGUGGAUGAGCUCGCUGAGUCACCGAAACCCGAAAGCCUUUGCUGGACUCUACGGGCUUACGCCCAUGAACGAGCCAGCUCACAUGAAAGGUCUCUAUGAUGCUGCGGGUGCAGGGGUGCCAGUACCAUACCAGGCUGCCUACGAUGCGCAGGGCAUGAAGAGCUGGGCGCAAGUGCCCAUGGCCGAGAUUCUGGACACACUGGCCAUCGGUGUGGAGGAGUUCAGGAAGCAUCCAGUCCUGUUGGAGGGGAAGAAGAUGCUUCUGAUGAACGUCAUCGAGACCUCCUUCGCCGGAACCUUUGGCGGUGAGGACGCUGGAGCAUUUGCUGCGUCGCAGAAGGGCGAGGUGGCCUCUGUGACAGGUCAGCUAGGCCAGUGGUGGAGAUCCGUGACAUGUGCGGAGGAGCGCAGGACCUGGGCGGUGCUGGAUCUCCACAACUACAUCGCCUGGAACCCCGAGGUGAAGCACUUCGAAAGCAUCAAAGACUUGGAUGAGUUCCAGGCCUUGCUGACGGACAUGAGUCUCCCCUUCUUUCAGCAGCUGCGGGAGCGCUUGGGCAUCAAGCAGCCAGAACUGCUGGCGUGCUCGGAGUACAGCGGCAGCACCAACCAGGACACCCUUCUCUCCACCACAAGCGGCGUGGGGCGGCGCUCUCCAAACCUGCCGCGUCACGUUGGCUGGCAGACGCUGAGAGAUGCCUUCCUGCUGCUCCAGCACAGGGCGGCGAGGGUGCACCAAAUCGAAAUGUGGUUCUGGACGUAUCACAUCCGCAAGAACGUGAAUUAUCAGGGGGAGUGGUCAUUGCAACACGCCUUGUCUCCAUGGCCGAGACUAAAAGCGGAGGGCUUCGGGCUCUAUGGAUUCAGCAGGUGCCUGGUGCAUCUGACCUGCACCGCUGGAAGGCUGGUGGCCUACCUGCUGAAAUCACCCAGGAGUUUGUGGUUGCAAGGCCUCGGCAGCAGAUUCGGCUUCUUCCAAGCAACGCUUCGGUAACUGGAGUGAUUGCCGUAAAAUGCCACAAGUGCAACCUGUUGCCGCAAAAAAUGAAUCGAUUGGAUGCAGCAAAUACUGCAGCUCAGCUGCAUGUUUUCAACUCAACUAGCUUUAGAGGCGCACUUCCGUAGAGUCACA